AUGGAUAAUAAAAGCUCUGCAGACUCUUCAUCUUCGGAUAGAGAUAACUAUCUCAGACACCUCAACAAGCUUUCUCACAAGAUCUCAAAACCCAUUCUCAACAUCAACAACAACAACAACAACAAAAAAACCUCUUCUUUCGAACAACAACAACAGCCUCAAAUUCACAACAAUAAUCCUCUUCAUCAAAACCCACAACAUCAACCACCUGUUUACAACAUCAACAAAAACGAUUUCAGAGACGUUGUUCAAAAACUAACGGGCUCACCUGCGCACGACCGUAUCUCAACACCGCCUCCCAUUCAACAACCCAAACAACAAAGCUCCCGCCUUCAACGUAUCCGUCCUCCUCCGUUACCUCACAUCACUAACCGUCCACCGCCGUUACUUAACAGUAACUCCCGUCCUCAUCUUCCGCCGUCGCAUAACUUUAACUUUAACGGUCUUAACUUUAAUCAGAGCUUUCCUGGCUUUGGUAGACCUCAAGCACCGUUAUCUCCGUUGCCGCCGUUUCCCACCGUUCACGCCGCUGCUGAAUCUCCUAUCUCCGCUUACAUGCGCGAUCUGCAGAAUUUUGUCUACACCAUGGAUUCCAAAAGCUUCUCUGGAUUUUCUCCUUUGCCUCCUCCUCCUCCUCCUCCUCAUCCGGUUUCAUGGCAUCAACCUCAACCAGAACAAGAACAACAACAACAACCACAACCACAGCAGGAACCGGAACAACAAGAGAACCAACCCCCGCCGCAACAGGUGGUUGCUCCGCCUGCUCAGCUUGCUCAGUCUCUAGUGGCUCAACCACAGUUACCGUUUCAGAUGCCGUCUUCUCCCGUUCCUUUUGGUUGUUUGAAUUCACAGCUUGCAUCUUACCCUUUGUUGUCACCUGGAUUAAUGUUUUCCCCAAAUUCUGCUAAUUUAGGGUUUCCUCAGCUUCCUCUUUCUCCCACCGUGCCGGCUUCGAGUCCGCGAUGGAGAGAAAUUUGA